CACAGGGGAAAGAGCCGGUUUUGGCCAGCUUGGAACUCUGCAAACCUACUGGGUCUGUCUGAAGUUUGGACUCUCCGGGAGAACUCUUCAUUUACCGGCUGCUUGACCUGAGAUCUAAGCAUGUAUGUACAGGGGCUUCUCAGCUUGGGUCUGCUUCUGUUGGUGCCUUCCCUGAUCAUUCUGCUGCCUGCAGUCCCGCCAAGUUUCUCCUUGUCCCUGCGGAGUGGUUUGGGAAGCACCUCCUCUUGCCGACUGUCCCAGGCUGAGUCAGAGCGCAGGUGUCGAUUCCCAGGUGGAAAACUCUGCAGCGGCAGAGGCCAUUGCGACUGUGGGGUUUGCAUCUGUCAAGUGACGGAGCCGGGAAAAUACUAUGGGCCGCUGUGUGAGUGCCACGAGUGGGUAUGUGAAACUUACGAUGGAGAGACUUGUGCAGGUCAUGGGAGGUGUGACUGUGGAAAGUGCAAAUGUGAGGAAGGUUGGUACGGUGAUGCCUGCCAGUUCCCUGUGACCUGCAACCUUACACGGAAGAAGAGUAACGAAAUGUGCAAGAAUUCUCAAGAUAUCAUCUGCUCAAACGCAGGAACUUGCCAUUGUGGCAGGUGUAAAUGUGACGACUUAGAAGGGAAUGGAUUGAUCCAUGGUAAAUAUUGUGAAUGUGAUGACAGAGAAUGCAUAGAUGAAGAGACAGGAGAGAUGUGUACAGGCCAUGGAAAGUGUUACUGUGGAAACUGUUACUGUGAGCCUGGUUGGCAUGGCGAUAAAUGUGAACUCCAGUGUGACAUCACCCCAUGGGAGAUCAAGAAGAGAUGCACAUCUCCAGAUGGCAAAAUCUGCAGCAACAGAGGUACCUGUAUAUGUGGAGAAUGCACAUGUCAUGAUGUUGACCCAACUGGAGACUGGGGAGAUAUUCACGGAGACACUUGUGAGUGCGAUGAACGAAACUGCAAGGCAGUCUAUGACAGAUACUCAGAUGAUUUCUGUUCAGGCCAUGGACAGUGUAACUGUGGAAGAUGUGACUGUAAAGAAGGAUGGGUAGGGAAGAAGUGUGAACACCCCCGUUCUUGUCCCAUAUCAGCCGAAGAGAGUUUGAGAAAAUGUCAAGGAAGCUCGCAUUUACCUUGCUCUGGAAGAGGGAAAUGUGAAUGUGGCCAAUGCACUUGUUUCCCGCCAGGAGAUGCCAGAAUAUAUGGUAAAAUCUGCGAGUGUGACAACCGGCAGUGCGAAGACAUAGAUGGCCACGUCUGUGGUGGUCAUGGGAUCUGUUCCUGCGGUCGAUGUAUUUGCAAAGACGGGUGGUUUGGGAAGUUGUGCCAACAUCCACGGAAGUGCAACAUGACAGAAAGUGAGAGCAGGAGCUUUUGUGAAUCAGCAGACGACACAAUGUGCUCAGGAAAGGGUUCUUGUCACUGUGGAAAGUGCAUCUGUUCACCCCAAGAAUGGUAUAUUACUGGGGAAUUCUGUGAGUGUGAUGACAGAGACUGCGACAAGCACGAUGGCCUCAUUUGCACAGGAAACGGUAUAUGUAGCUGUGGAAACUGUGAGUGCUGGGAAGGCUGGACAGGAAAUGCAUGUGAAAUCUGGCUUGGGACAGAGUACCCCUAACUAUACCAUGGAAGAUGAAAGACCAAAGGAUUUCUGGUUUGGUUGAGUUCUUUUUUUUUUUUAAUUGCUAGAGUGGCUGCUAGAAUACUUAAAUGAAUGACAACAUUUAAUGAAACCAAACAAAACCUACCACUGGAAAUACGCAAUACACCAGAGUAAUUUUUUAAAAAAAUCCAAAUGCUUAUCCGAUGUUCCGAUUCUGUAAGUGACAACAAGACAGGAACCGUCCAAUACC